GGGAGACGUCCGCUGUAGAAGUGGACGGAGCUCUCCCCACCCCUCUUGCCUUACCCAAUGUGGCCGCCGUGUGGCCAGUCGCGGUUAAACUCAACGGACGACGAGGCAGCGACCCGGAGGUUCCCCGCCGCGUUAAAGAGACCGCCACUCAUCAGCGACAACUUCCCACUCAGCCCGGGGCCUCCUCUUCCACUACAGUCGUUGUCGUCGCCAUCGCCCAGCCAUGUCCUGCGAAAACUUCGAGACUCUUCAAGAGGAGUACCUGAGCAUUUACCAGAGUCUCAAGGCGAAGCUGGACAGCACGUUGCCAAGAUGCCACGGCGAGGAGAAGAAGCGGGUGACCAGGGAAAUUGAAAGGAGUUCGGAAGAGGCUUACCUGCUGCUGCAAGAGAUGGAGGAGGAGCUGAAGGGGGCCCCGGCGCCGUUUCGCAUGCAGAUGGUGUCGCGCAUGCGUGACUACCGACGGGACCUGGAGCGCAUCACGCGAGAGACCCGGCGUGCCACGGACCCAGCUCUCUCUGCCCGCUCCGACCUGCUGAGCGGAGGCUUGUUUGCAGCUCAGAACAAGGAAAGCGCCCAGGUGGCCUCGGACCGCGCACGACUGCUACAGGGCACCGAAAGCCUGGGCCGCGCUUCGGCCAGCGUUGAGCGUUCGCAUCGCGUUGCUGUUGAGACGGAGCAGAUUGGGAACGAGAUCAUCGACGAGUUGGGAACACAGCGCGAACAGCUGGACAGGACGCGUGACCGGCUUACAAAUACAGGACAAAACCUAUCAAAAAGCAGGAAAAUACUGACUACAAUGUCACGCAAGAUUGUGACCAACAAACUCCUCCUUGGCUUCAUCAUCAUCCUCGAACUUGGCAUUCUGGGUGCUGCUGUAUACUUGAAAUUUUUCAAGAAAUGAGCAUGUUAUAUUCCAGUGUUUAAAAAUGUCAAACUUAUGAAGCUUAAACACAUGUAUUGUAAAUACCAUACUAUCUUUUGAUAUUGGCAUGUAUAGAUUCAGUAUGCUCUAACUUUGCAUCGCAAUGAAAUAGUGAUGUUGCUUUAUAAGAUGUGCCACAUGAGGUGGAGCGGUGGCAAAGUGGUUAAUGCCCUGCACUUUUAACUGUGUGAGUUUGAUUCUGGUGCGUGGCUAACAUCUGUGGUGAGUGAUAUCUGAAUCAGACCUGGGACCUCCCUUCACCACCCACACUGACCAGUGUGGUGAAGCAUGGUCAGACAACCCUCAUGAUUGACAUGGCAUCGUAAGUGGAUUGACAAAGAUAUGUAUAUUACCAUACCACAAAUUUAAAUGUGUGAUUUAGAGCACAAGUAACUUUGUUAUUUGUAUUAUCACAUGUUUGUCAUGUAAAACUUGUAAAUACAAAUUGCUCUUUUGCCAUGAAUGCACUUGGAGGAGAAAUGUUUAGAAUAUUAUGAAAGAUGUAAAUGUUGAAAGUGGAAGCAAAUAUGCCCAAAAAAAAAACUGAAUGCUGCUUGAAUUUAGGUUGUAUACUUUUGAUCAAAUAAAAAUUACAUCAAGGCGA